AUGUGCAGUACUCUUAUGGGUGGCUAUGCGUUCGAUGUCAAUCAACGACAAAUUUUCUAUGGCAAAAAGGAGAAAUAUUCAUCUAUGACGGAACAGAAACAGUGUCGGAUCUCGACACUAUCCAACGUUGCCUCAUACGAAGCGGAAAAUAGACAUCGACUGAAUUACAAACCGAGUAAUUUCAACCUACAAAGAGAUCUUAUUCAUGAUGGAAAAGACAAAAGAAAAACUACUGAUCCUGAAAAUACCAAAUUUCAGUAUCUCUAUGGUACUCUCCAAGAAGACUUUUGGCAAAGACUUAAUGAAAUCUAUCAACAGAGCUGUGGUAAUCGUAAUACUAAAACUUUUUGA